AUGAGUUCAAUAACAACAACUAUGCAAUCAUCAUCGUUUCAAUCAUGUGAUAUAUCUGAAGAAUCUUAUUGUGCACCGUGGAAUUUAAAAAUACAAGAAGAAAAAUUAAAAUUAUUUAAUGAACAACGUCAAGCAUCAUCAUCAUCAUCAAAUACUAGUACACCAUUCAUUGAUAAACUACUGCAUUCUUCGAACAUAAACAAUCAAUCAACAUCUUCAUCAUCCAGUCGUAAUUAUAUAAAUAAGUCAUGUCAUCAACCUUGUUCAACACAUACAUUAUCAUCAACAAAGAAAUCUUUAAUACAUCUUGAACUAACACCACCUGAACUUCCUCCGUUACCACCAGGUGGUUUAAUACCAUCAUUUCAAUGUGGUAUAAGCAAUGAUAUUCGAAAUAAAAAUCCGAUUAUUGAAAAUCUCGAUCUGUCAUUAAAAAAAAACUCUCAAUGUCUUAAUCUACAUAAGACUUAUUCAAGUACAGAUACUUCACGUAGUUUUUUAUUUGCUUUAACAUCACCAUCGAAUAAGCGUAGUAAAAAACAUGAUAUAACAGCAACUACAAAUAAUACUCAAUCAAUGCCAUUUGAAACAUCUUUACUUCAUUUUAAACAUUUAAGUUCAUCGAUUCAAAAUAAUUCUUUACAUAAAAUACCAACAAAUUAUGAACGACCAUGGGAUAAAUUACAAACACCUUUUAUCAAUAAUCUUUCAUUGACAAAUAAUCGUAAUGGAGGAUCAUUACAAAAGAUGCCAUAUACAGAACAAACUCAACAAAAUUGUUCACCAUCGACAAUUUCUUUGACUUCUCCAUGUCAACAUUUAGAAGACAUAAGAGAAAUUCCCAUUGAUUGUUAUUUUUGGUACCAUCAUGCAAUGUCUCGACGAGAAGCUGAAAAUGUUUUACAAUCUCGUCCAUCGGGUAGUUUUCUUGUACGUCAAAGUGAAAGUGGAAAUCACAAUGAUUAUUCACUUUCUAUUAGAACAAUAAAAGGUUGUAUGCAUAUGCGUAUAUGCUAUUCUGAAGGUUUUUAUAUUCUUGGAGAAUGUUCAAGACCAUUUUCAAGUGUAUCAUGUAUGAUAAAAUAUUUUAGUCAAAUAUCUGUACCUAUUCGUGGUGCAGCACAUAUUAAAUUAGGUACACCGGUAUUACGAUGGGAAAUAUUAACAUCGUCAUCAUUGUCUAAUGAAGAACUUUUGUAA